CUUGCUAGUUCGACGAUCCGGAGCUCUUGCUGCGAAUUGUUUCAAAAGCGCUUAUAAGAGGAUUAACUUUUCAACUAGCUGCUCAAACGCAGUUCUCUACCCCUUGGACUCCGUAUCGUAGAAUGGCAUCGCAAACGCCUUCCUUGGGAAUGACGCUCGGAUCAGUGUAUAUCGGCGCUACGAUUGCCGCGAUUUUGUUUGGAAUAACUAAUCUCCAAGCGGUUAUCUAUUACAACAAGUACCCAGACGAUUGGUGGAUAUAUCGAUACUCCGUUGCGAUUCUUUGGACUUUCGACGCUCUUCAUGUUGCACUGGGUACACAUGCCUUGUACCACUAUUUCAUUGACUUGUUUGGCGAGUACACUGUGCUCUAUAAUAUUGUCUGGAGCUUCAAGCUCCAAAUACUGUUCAAUAUGGUUAUUAUUUUGGGCGUUCAAGGAGUAUAUACUUUUCGCAUCUGGAAACGUGGCCGUCAUUUCCAUCGAAUCCUGCCGUGGUUCGUAGUUCUCAAUGUCGUCGUAGCUUUGGGCACGGGAAUCUUUUCAGUCUACGACGCAUACUCAAUAUCAAGUUUCCUAUCGAUACCCAGCAUUAAGGCAUCAAUAUGCUCCGUAUUCGUCAUGGCAGCCAUUUCCGAUUUCAUCAUCGCUUUUUCAAUGUGCUACUACUUGCACAAAGGCCGAGAAGCUUCCGCAUUCUCCAGCACGUCUGCGAUGAUACUUGGUCUGAUGCGACUCGUUGUGAUAUCCGGAUUGGCUACGAGUGCAUGCUCGUUGCUUACACUUAUCACGUAUCUCGCAUGGCCCGACUCUCUUAUUUUCCUCGGCAUUGAUUUCAUCCUACCAAAAUUAUACAUCAACUCGCUACUUGCCAUGUUGAAUUCUCGAAGGGACCGUCAUGCGUCUUCAAACAGCGGCAACUCUACAACGAAAGUUCUGAGAUUUGCGCCUCGCGACUCCGGGACCGAUACUGAAGAGGUGAACAUCAGUAUCCCGAUGCAGAGCUUCCAAUCCUUGGACCACGAUAAGGACGGUCCUGGUUUUCGUAAUUGGGUUCUUAUUGCGGCUGCGGCUGUAGGGGUGAUUCGAUGA